AUAUCCCAGAAUGCACUGUUGUCUGUGGGAUUCUUUUAUUUCGUGCUGCGCAUGUCCCUUAGUGCACAGAUUUGAGGGUUUGAAUAAAUUGUUCUAAGCCAUGGCUUUUCCCCGGCUUGUUAGUCAGUUUUGGUUGAAAUCUAAUCCUGGGAAGGUCUGUCUUGCAGCAUCAUCUAGAUCAAGCUCAUGGUGGUCACAGGUUGAGCUUGGCCCUCCAGAUGCCAUUCUUGGGAUAACAGAAGCUUACAAGAAAGAUACAAACCCUAAGAAAAUCAACCUUGGUGUUGGCGCUUAUAGAGAUGAUGCUGGAAAACCUUAUGUUCUGCCGUCAGUGAGAAAGGCAGAAGAAAAAUUACUGGCUAAGAAUCAAGACAAAGAGUAUGCUCCUAUUCAUGGUUUACCUGAUUUCACUGUGCCUUCAGCAAAACUGGCUUUUGGAGAAGACAGUGAAGUGAUCAAGAACAGCCUUAAUGCAUCAGCACAAGCUAUCUCAGGCACUGGAGCUCUUCGGAUUGGGACAGCAUUCCUGAAAAGUUUCUUUCCUGGAAGCAAAGACGUUUGGUUACCCACCCCAUCCUGGGGAAACCACACACCCAUUCUCAAGCAUUCAGGACUUGGAGUAAAACAAUACCGAUACUAUGACCCAGAGACUUGUGGCUUUGAUUUCAAAGGCUGCUUGGAGGAUAUUGCAAAAAUUCCAGAGAAUUCAGUGGUCUUGUUGCACGCAUGUGCCCAUAAUCCAACAGGAGUGGAUCCAAAGGAGGAAGAAUGGAAAGAGCUAUCACAAAUCAUAAAGGAUCGUAAGCUGUUUCCGUAUUUUGACAUGGCGUACCAAGGUUUUGCUAGUGGCGAUACUGAUAAGGAUGCAUGGGCCCUGAGACACUUUGUUCAGGAUGGGCAUAAAGUACUAGUUGCUCAAUCAUUUGCAAAGAACAUGGGCCUUUACGGUGAGAGAGUUGGAAUGAUCACAGCUACCUGUGACUCUAAAGAGGAAGCAGAGCGAGUCCUGUCCCAAAUCAAGAUACUGAUCCGCCCACUCUACUCCAACCCUCCAAUCCACGGUGCUCGUAUUGCAGGGAUGGUGUUAACCGACCCAGAACUUAGACCUCAGUGGGAGGUGGAAGUUAAGGGAAUGGCUGAUAGAAUUAUCUCCAUGAGGCAACAACUUGUUGACAAUUUAAAGAAAGAAGGUUCGUCCCAUGACUGGUCGCACAUCACAAAUCAGAUUGGAAUGUUUUGUUUCACAGGGCUUAAAGCUGACCAGGUUGAUAGACUCACGAAAGAAUUCUCGAUCUAUUUGACCAAGGACGGUCGGAUUUCCAUCGCCGGUGUGACAUCCGGGAAUGUUGCUUACCUGGCUCACGCAAUGCAUGAAGUAUCCAAGUAAUAGACUCGAGGAACAGUUCGACAUCGUUAAUGUGACGACUCCGGCCGGCGGGUUUUCUUCUGAAGAUGUUGUUUUGUUUCUGUGCAUCGUUUAAGUCAAAGCGACUCCCUUAAAUAGAUCUGAUUAAUACCCAUCCUGUGAUCUGACCUCGUAUAUCUGUAGUUUAUUGGUUUAAUAAGGAGAGUGGAUAUUGGGAGAACAGUUAGCCUACGUAGCAAUUGUUCCCGAACGAGCGAAGAGUUCUCGAAUACUGGUCGCGAGAAAAUUGGGUCGAGAGUUGAAAAUCGACGAAGAGAGGGGUGUUGGCGCGGCCAGAUUUUAAUGAUUAUGUUAGUAGUUUGCCAUAUCCGCUGAAAUUCUCACCUGAAUAAGAAACGUGUUUUUGUAAGUGUAGAAACUACCAUAUAUAAGAAAAUGUUUAAAGGUAUAUAUAACAAACAAACUCUGACCAGAAGUUUUGAUGUAAUAAAACAUUAUUUACAUACA